ACUAUUACAUUCAAUAUGACAGAUAUGUCAUGGGACAAGAUGGUGCCCACUGGGGCAUUGUGGGAACAUCUCAAAUCCUGCCUGGCAUGGCCAGAGCCCUUGAAGGAGGCAGGACAGGAUGAAACCGCCGAGCCUCAGGACGAGCCCCUUUGGGUCCCCAGGAAGGAGCUUCUGCCCCAGCAGGACCCAGUUCCCCUGAAACCAGAGGAGACCUGGGAGUGGUCAGCUCAUGAAGGCUUCUCAGGCUGGUGCCCCAGAGCAGGCCCUUGUCCAGGAGCAGCAGGUGCAGGGACCCCGAGCAGAGCUGAGGAGGAGCUUUGUGCUGAUGGACCUGGAAACCUGGAACUACAGGAGACUCCCCCAGGGAGACUGGGGGAAGGGGGCUCCCUGACACCUGAUCCAGGCCACCUGCACAAGGGGCAGGACAGGCCUCCAAAGCAGGAGCUCCGGGAGGCCUUCGAGGACGUGGCUGUGUACUUCACGCAGAAGGAGUGGGAGCUGCUGGGAGAUGAGGACAAGGAGCUUUACCGGGACCAGAUGCUGAAGAAUUACCGAGCCCUAGUUUCCCUGGGAUAUCAAGGUCUCACACCUGACUUAAUCUGCUGCAUUGAGCGAGGGGAAGUGGAGCUCCGUGUUUCCGAUGAUGAGGACCAUGGGGAAAGCUCAAGGUCUGAAGACCUCUUGCCAGAUUCCUGUGACCUGGAGGACACCUGGGACUCGUCAGCAGAGGAAAGCUCCACGGGCUCAUUGCCUGCAUCAGCCCCUUCCCUGGAAGCAGGAGCCACCUUGAUGCUGAGCAGAGCUGAGCAACAACAUCCAGAGGAAGGACCUGCAGAUCUGGAACCACCACAGACUUCCCCAAGUACAUCAGGAGGGAAGGACCCCCCAAGUCCUGAAGAGGACCGUGUGCAUAAGAGGCCAGGCAGGUCCCAAAACCCGAUGGAGAAUGUGUUGUUCAACAAGGUACAGACUCCUGUUAUGUGUGAGAGUGGAGUGGAGGUGAAGCCUGGUAAGAGCCAGGGUUACAGGGAAGAAUUUAAGAAGCUGAGAGAGAUGAAAAGCUCCAAGGGAAAGAUUCAUCAGAAAGAGAGACUUCAUUUAAACUCUGCCAACAGGGCGACCCUUAGUGGGAAGCAGGACCUCACAACCAAGCUCAUGGAGAUGGCCCAACCAACCUCUGAGUGCAGGGAAACCUUCAGUUGCCCAUCGCAGCACCAGCACAUCCACGCAGAGAGGAAGACAACCCAGUGCACGAAGUGCAGGAGGAUUUUCACCAACAGGCGAGACCUGUCCUGUCACCAGCUCAUCUGCACAGGGAAGAAGACACCCGGGUGCUCUGCACAUGGGAAGCACUCCACCCAGUCUUCCAGCCUAGUCCACCCCCAGCGCAUCCACACAGGGGAGAAGCCAUAUCAGUGCUCGGAGUGUGGGAGGAGCUUCUCCUUUUCCUCCUAUCUGCUCCAGCACCAGCGCAUCCACACAGGGGAGAAGCCAUAUCAGUGCCCUGAGUGUGGGAAAAGGUUCGCCCACUCCUCCAGCCUGAUUCAACACCAGCGCAUCCAUACAGGGGAGAAGCCAUAUCAGUGUGCCGAGUGUGGGAAGAACUUCACCCAAGCCUCCCACCUGAUCCAGCACCAGCUGAACCACACAGGGGAAAAGUCACAUCAGUGCCCAGAGUGUGGGAAGGCCUUCUCCUUUUCCUCCUACCUAGUCCGGCACCUGCGCAUCCACACAGGGGAGAAGCCAUAUCAAUGCCCUCAGUGUGGGAAGAGCUUCACCCAAGCCUGCAACCUGGACCAGCACCAGCGCAUCCACACAGGGGAGAAGCCACAUCACUGCCCUGACUGUGGGAAGAGCUUCACCCAAGUCUGCUACCUGGCCCAGCACCAGCGCAUCCACACAGGGGAGAAGCCACAUCAGUGCCCUGAGUGUGGGAAAAGCUUCGCCCAUUCCUCCAGCCUGAUUCAACACCAGCGCAUCCACACAGGGGAGAAGCCAUAUCAGUGCCCUGAGUGUGGGAAGAGCUUCACCAGAGCCUCCCACCUGAUCCAGCACCAGCGCAUCCACACAGGGGAAAAGUCACAUCAGUGCUCAGUGUGUGGGAAGAGCUUUGCCUGCUCCUCCUACUUGACCCAACACCAGCGCAUCCAUAUGAGGGACAAGCCACAUAGGUGCUCAGAGUGUGGGCAAAGCUUCACUUGCUCUUCCCUCCUGGCUAAGCACCACCUAGUCCACCCCCAGCGCAUCCACACAGGGGAGAAACCAUAUCAGUGCUCAGAGUGUGGGAAGAGCUUCUCCUUUUCCUCCUAUCUGCUCCGGCACCAGCGCAUCCACACAGGGGAGAAGCCACAUCAGUGCCCUGAGUGUGGGAAGAGCUUCACCCAAGCCUCCCACCUGGCCCAGCACCAGCGCAUCCACACAGGGGAGAAGCCACAUCAAUGCCUUGGGUGUGGGAAGUGUUUCACCCACUCCACUCACCUGGACCAGCACCAGUACAUCCACACAGGGGAGAAGCCACAUCAGUGUCAAAGGUGUGGGAAGAGCUUUACCCGCUCCUCCUACCUAGUCCUGCACCAGCUUAUCCACACAGGGGAAAAGCCACAUCAGUGCCCUGAGUGUGGGAAGAGCUUCACGCUUUCCUCUCACCUGGUCCGGCACCAGCGCAUCCACACGGGAGAGAAGCCAUAUCAGUGCCCUGAGUGUGGGAAGAGCUUUGCCCACUCCUCCAGCCUGAUUCACCACCAGCGCAUCCACACAGGGGAGAAGCCAUAUCAGUGCCAAGAGUGUGGGAAGAGCUUCACCCAAGCCUCCUACCUGGGCCAGAAACAGCGCAUCCACACAGGGGAGAAGCCACAUCAGUGCCCUGAGUGUGGGAAGGGCUUCACCCAAACCUCCCACCGGGACCACCACCAACACAUCCACACAGGGGACAAGCCACAUCAGUGCCCCGAGUGUGGGAAGAGAUUCACCCGCUCCUCAUACCUAGCCCUGCACCAGCUCAACCACACAGGGGGAAAGCCAUAUCAGUGCCCUGAGUGUGGGAAGACCUUUUCCCUUUCCUCCCACCUAAUCUGGCACCAGCGCAUCCACACAGGGGAGAAGCCAUAUCAGUGCUCAGAGUGUGGGAAGAGGUUCUCCUUUUCCUCCUAUCUGCUCCGGCACCAGCGCAUCCACACAGGGGAGAAGCCGCAUCAGUGCCCUGAGUGUGGGAAGAGCUUCACCCAAGCCUCCCAUCUGGCCCCGCACCAGCGCAUCCACUCGGGGGAGAAGCCAUAUCAUUGCCCUGAGUGUGGGAAAAGCUUCGUCCACUCCUCCAGCCUGAUUCAACACCAGCGCAUCCACACAGGGGAGAAGCCACAUCAGUGCCCUGAGUGUGGGAAGGCCUUCUCCCUUUCCUCCUACCUAGUCCGGCACCAGCGCAUCCACACAGGGGAGAAGCCAUAUCAGUGCCCUGACUGUGGGAAGAGCUUUGCCUGCUCCUCCUACUUGACCCAACACCAGCGCAUCCAUAUGAGGGACAAGCCACAUAGAUGUUCAGAGUGUGGGCAAAGCUUCACUUGCUCCUCCCUCCUGGCUAAGCACCAGUGCAUCCACACACAGGAGCAUCCAUAGUUCUGCCAGCACUGCAGGAAGGUUCAGGGAUGUCUACGUGCUCAGCACCCACCAGUGGAUGCAUUCGGGCAAGCAGCUUCAUCCUGGGAAGUGUUCUUCAAGAGAAAAAUAGAGGACAUCAAGGUGUCCAUUUUUGUAUCAGUAGAGGACAGGACAGCCAGACUGUCCUCCAUGAUGGCCACCCUAGGUGCCCCGCAGAACCCUACGGACCUGGAGGUUGGGGUGCAAAGGUUGACAGGUAGGAGAGACAAGGAAGGACUUGGAAGAACUGCCUUACACACAGCAACCUCUGAGGUGGUGAUCUUUGCAUCAGCCUUGGAGACUAUAUCAUCAGGGAUGACCCAAGCAGGGGGUGGGGCCCAGAGCAAAUCAGACUAUGUGGGGCCCUGCCACCGGACAGGAAGAAGCUGGUGGUAGAUUUGGCUGAGAGGCAGGGGGAGCGCUGAGCAGCUGGAUAUGAAGCCGACAGUGGCUGUGGCAGUGAGUCACCGUAGCUACUCUGCCUGGCUCCACAGGGCCCCCCAAAGUGCAGGGCCUGGGGCGGUGGCCCCAGUUAGCCCUCCCACCCCAACACCAGCCCUGCCUAUCGUUCUCUGGAAGCAAUCAGUGCUCCUGGUGUAGAAGUGUCCUCACAGUAGGGACCUCUGCCAAGUCAACUGGCUCCAGAUGACACUUGGGGACUGUCUUGUGCAUCCUCCAAGCUUUGUCCUCCCUGCCGAUCCCAGGGACCUGCUACGUGAGGAUCCUGAGUUGCAGGAAUAGGCAUAUUAAUGGCUGGCAAAGGAUUCCCUGAUUUUUUUCCCUGACCUCACCUUUCCUCACCACCACAUAACCCCUUUCUCUGCCCUGCUCAUGUCCACUGGGUGACGCAGGCUGCUGUUGCUGCUGCUUCACCCCCUGAGCCCAGUUCAGCAGGGUUUGCUUUGCAGCCUCUCUCCACAACUCUGCACUGCCAGGUGCCAGCGGCUCCCCUGCCCUCCUUCCCAUCGUCCCAUUCUUUAUAGUGGUUUUCUUGCUAAUAAAGCCCCAGAAAUGAACAUAUGA